CAUCGAAUUGCAAUAAAAGCAACCCGUCAACUUGAUCAAGAUCCCUCAGCAAACGAAAAUGGACUGAAACUCUCAUAUUUCCCCUAACUGGGCAUUCGUACAAAUCAUUCCACUUUCGCUAUAUAUGAUUGUGACUAACUUACCGUUUGCCCAGAAAAAAAUAAUGUGGUUCAAUUCUAGCUGUAUCGCUGGUCAGAGAGUCAUUUCAACAGUCAACUAUGCACUUUUUGCCUAUAUUGACGCUAAUCCUAUACCGCCUAUCCCUUAUUUGGAAAUUUUCUUGAAAAUUUUCUUCUACCUGGUAGUUUUCUUGUUGGACCUUAUAGGAAAUUCGGUCGUUAUAUUUACUAUUUAUGCAAACAAGCGGAUGAGGACAUCCUCCAACAUUCUCAUCGUAAACUUGGCUGUAUCCGAUAUUCUGGUGGGUUGUUUCUGUAUGUGGGUACACCUUGGGAACCAUAUAACUCACAACUGGCCUUUUGGAUCGUUCCUCUGUAAAUUUGAAACCUUUGUACAGGUUGUUGCGGUCGUUUCCAGCGUGAUGACACUAACUUCCUUAUCCGUUGAGAGAUUUCAUGCUGUUAUGUUUCCAACGAAAGGCAAACUAUCCAAGAAAAUGUUGACAUUUUUGGUAGUAUUCUCUUGGAUAGCAGCCAUUGGGACAAGUGCACCAAACUUGAAGGUACUGCAACAACGUGAUAUUCAGUGGCGGAAUCGCCGUGAUGUUUGGUGUGAAGAGAUUUGGCCGAAAUUUUACACAGAUACUAAUUGUAAUUCCGACGAACCCGGCCGCAGGAGUUAUUACAUUUUCCUAACUGUAUUUAUGUAUUUUAUUCCCAUGAUUGUGAUGAUGUUAGCAUAUGGAGUUAUAGGAAUAAAGUUUUAUCUCAGACGAAUUCCGGGACACGAGGUUCAAACAACUAACGGAGCUCACAGUAAUGCUCGGAAAAAGGUCACUCCCUUUAUGAAGAAUGUGAAAUAUAUAGCACUGUUCCUUGCGUACAGUAACAGUGCUAUUAACCCUAUCAUCUACGCCGGGAUGACUGAAAAGUUUAGAAAAGGCUUCCAGGACGCUAUAAAGACGCUUCAGAGACGGUAUGGAAGAAACAGAAAUCUACCAGUGAUAUCACUGCGGAGAAAAAGAGGGGAAUCUGGUAUGGAAUCACCAAACACUAACAACAUUGAUGGAUGUAAACAUCACACUAGCCUUAACGUUCCCAUGGAGAAAAUAUUCUGCAUAAGCACAGAGAAAGAUGGCAUCCCUUCCAGCAAUGAUACACCAAAAUAGAGACAUUCAGUUAAAUAAAUAUCGUUUAUUUUUA